AUGUCAUCUAAUUUGCAACCAUCAACACCGCCUCACCAUCCAAACUUUGGUGUGCGCAUGUCUAGCGAGAGCAUCGACCGUUUGGUGCGCCACGUAUUUCCCGACGCUACCCACAUAGAAGUAGAGGCUCUUCCUUCUUUGAAGUCCUUCAACAACCGAAUCUACUAUCUUAAAUGUCACAGAGACUCCCAGGCCGGUAAUGAUGUCGCACAUGUCGAUGAGCUUGUUCUCAAGAUCAAUGGUCGUGGUUUUGGAUCAGGGAAGGUUCAAAACGAGGUUUCUUGUCUCCGCCUGCUAGAGCACUUUUGCCCUGAGAUACCGGCACCUCGGGCGAUAGCUUGGUCUCAAGAUAGAUUGGGUAUCGACACCAAGGACGCGCAGCGCGGGGAGAUGAAGUUCAGCAAUGUGGACGAACCCCCGAACGGCUGGAUAUUGAUGACAAGAGUUCCGGGAGCGCCCAUCGACUUAUCUGCGCUCACCAAUGACGACAAGUUUCAUCUUGCGACACAGCUGGCAGAUUACGUUAAGAAUUGGCGGCAGAACGUCCCUCCUCAGAACUUUGCCGGAAACAUUUCCUUUCAUCAAAUGGACUGUCAGCCUGACAUCGAAAUCCCUAGCUCGAAUAGUACCCACGAAAUGCAGUUUCUCAUCAGAGGUAUGCUUGGAGAAGAGCUCCAUUGCCAAGAUGGUAUCGCUUCCAUUGCAGAGUAUUACAAACUGAGGCUACAGAACAAGAUGAAGACUUUAGAGACAAACGAGACAUUUGCACCAAACAGAGAUCUCACACAGUCUCUGGAGACAUUCAUACAGCAAGACCUCACUGCCGUCAGGGCCUUAAAUACCAAAGACGACUCGUUUGUAUUCACCCACUACGACCUGUCCCCACGAAACAUUCUCGUAUCUGGCCAGCCUCCUCAGAUCACUGGUAUCGUGGACUUUGAGUUCUCCGGCUUUUUUCCACCACUCGAUGAAUUCCUGAAUGACUGCAUCGCCAACAAUGGCGACUGGCCCAAAGAUAUGUACGAGACGUAUCUGAAGCGACUAGAGUGCAAUGGCAUACCAACACCUUUAGAAGGAAUCAAGAAAGAUCAUUGGGAACAGAUGGCAUUGCUGGAAGAAUUGGUUGAGAAGAUUGCUCCUUGGUGGUUACCCGGUGAAUUUCAGGGUGAAAAGCUGAAGCAAAAGUUGAAAGAGAUCAAGUCACGGGCUACGGAUAUAUUGAAGUACCUUGGUUCGCCUUGA